UCGUUGCUGUUUUGUCGUCUGUUUUCGCGAAAGGCUAGAUUUAGUGCUGGUCCCGAAACGCCGUUAAAAUGUCAUACGAUGGUUGGUAAAAGCAAACAUUUCGUUACAUGAUGGAGAAACUAGAGUUUUCUAGCCCAGUCACGGUCCUCGGCUAUCAAUAGACACCUGUCUAAACGACUGUGACGAAAGCGGGAAUCUUGACGACGGCAUAGUGAUUGUUCGAGUCAGCAUGCCUUCCAGAAGAAAUAAUUGUGGCCUUUUGGCCAGGGUGAAUUUUCCUUUGUAUACCUUGCAAAUGCUCACGAGCAGGCAUAUCCUCGUCGGUGGUGGAGGAGGUUCUUCCAAAACUGGAGUAGCUAAUGGUUUUGAAAUAUUUGAGUUGUCUCAUGAUGGAUAUCAAUUCAUUGCUGAAGAAGUUACCAGACAUGAGACUGGUCCUAGCGUAGUCAUGAAUUGCACUGCACAUAAUGAUGGCAAAAGGACAUGGAUUGCAGCUGGUCAAGAAAGCCAUUGUCAGCUGUAUAAUGUAAAUAGCAAAGUAGUAACUGUGGAAAAUGGGGAAAUAGUUAAAGACAAAGAUGGUAAUGGUAAAGAAGGCCUUAGGCAUAGAAAGAGUUCAGAUAAAACUGAAGAGAAUGUCCUUUCCAAGGAGAGGAUAGAGGAAAUUAAGGAUGAUAAUUCAAAUAUUAGAAGUAAAAAACUGCAGCUGAUUGUGAAACCAGCUGACAGUGUACAAACAGAUUUUAGCCAAGAUGAGCCUCUUCAAAGGAUUGUCAGAAUUAGUUUAAAUGGAAAGUUCAUGGCUACUGGUGGAACUGAUGGUCAUAUCAGAUUGUGGAAGUUUCCACAAUUACAAAAAUUACAUGACUUAGAUGCUCACACAAAAGAAAUUGAUGAUGUGGACUUCAGUCCAGAUGGAUCAUUAAUUGCAAGCAUUGCAAAGGAUGGCAAGACCUUUUUAUGGAAUGUAAAUAAUGGCUCAAAGCUCAAGGAACUAACUUGGACACCUCCAAAUGGAUUAAAGUAUAUGUACAAAAGAUGCAGGUUUCAAAAGCUGGAGGAGGAUAAAUCCAAAACAAAACUUUUCACCCUAUCUAAUGCAAUAGUUGGAAAGAAUCCUAGCUUCUUGCAAAUGUGGGACAUUGAGUCUGGAAGUGUCAUUAAGACAGUCCCUUUCAAAGAAACUUUAUCAGCCUUAGCAGUGUCUGAUGAUGGAAAAUUUGUGGCUGUUGGAACAAUGUUUUCUGGUAGUGUGGACAUAUUCAUUGCAUUCAGUUUAAGAAGGGCUUUGCAUGUACCUGGUGCACAUAGUAUGUUUGUGACUGGCCUAGAGUUCUUACCAACUAAACUAGAUGGUCCUGCAAUUACUAGUAACACUGAAACAGCUGUUGUCAGUAUUUCUGUGGAUAAUAAAAUUUGCAUACAUAGCAUACCAUUUAGACAUACACUGCCAUUCUGGUUUGUCAUCAUACUUGUUAUUCUAAGCAUCUGUGGAGCUUUUAUUUUCUGCAGUUACCUUGGAAUAUGACCUGAAGAAUAUAUAUUUUUAAUAACAUCGAAAAGAGCAGUACUUUUUCUAGGAUUCCUUGAAACUAAAUGAAACAUUGAAGUUUCUGACGUGUUUUUCGUAGAUUGUGAAAAACUUAAUAGAAAAGAAGAAUUGUAAUUCUUUUCCUAAAAUUAAUUGCACGAUUUCGGUGACAAUUUGUGCAGUUCGUUUGUUAGUAAACUGUUUAUUGCUUCACAUACAAGGCAGAAAGAUUGUUUUAAUUUUCAUUUACAUAAAUAGUUGCUGAAGUGCUGCUGUGAUAAACAACUACCUUGUACUAGACACACUAUUUGGCAGACAUCAUUGUAAAUAGAUGUUUUUAUUCCCACGCAUAUUUUUUUACUUCUGGAGACCAAGUACUUUUUUUGCCUUCAUUGCAUUUACGUUUGUGUAUAAUAUUUUUUACGUGUACAGUGAGACAUUAAAAUGUAAAAUGUUG